CCUGGACAAUCAUGGCCGACGAAAAUUCCAUUGUGUAUCGACUUGUCCAGUUUUAGAUUGCUUUUUACAACACUGAACUCAAACGAACCAAUUCUAAGCAGAAACAAUUUAACUGAGAUCUAUGGACCGUCAUGGUAGAAAGCAGUCUGUGGGCAGAGAAUCUGAAGAAAUGCCAUGGGUCCAGGCUGCCAAAGAGGAGAUAAUGCCAGGUUAUGAAGAAUACCUAGUACUACUGCAGGAGAGAAAUAGACUUCUAAAGCGUCUUCGCAAAAAGGAUAAAGGUCAGAUAGAACAGGAACGAAAAGAGCAGGGAUUCUCCCUGUACGUGAAUGGGCCACAUAAGAAUGCUCGGCCUUCAGGCAAGUCCCCAGGAAAACAGCCCACCAUCCCAACACAGCCUCAACCAAAGACCGCCCGCAAACCAAAAACUGCUGGAGAGAGUCGUAAUCCAAACAUUUUGGACAACCAAGCUUUAGCUGAACUUGCAAAGGAGGAAAUGGAGAGACAGCGCAAGAUUGCGCGUGCAAAGACAGCUCCAAAUGUACGGGAAAAACGCAAGAACUGGAAUGUGGAAUCCUCUCUCGAAAUAAAAACUACAAGGGGUGGCACUAAAAUUAAGGCUCCUGAUCUGUUAACAGGGAAGUAUGCUGAUGACUUUGAGUCUGGAGAGGAGUCAGAUGAGGUUCGCAGUAGUGGCAGUGAGAACACAGAGGUGGCUGUACGCAGACAGCAGCACAGAAAACCACUGCGUAAGCCACCACCCCCGCGGGAAAGUGACUUGUUUAACAGCAGUGACAGUGUGUGUAGUGAAGAUGAGGAAGUUCAGAUGUCGAGGAACAUGUCAGCAGUGUUGGAGGGAGAUUCUGAAGAUGAGAUGGAAAUAGACGCCUCCAACGGGGACUACUCUCGAGGGAGGAACCAGGGGAGAUCCCCGGAGCCCGACUCAGACAGCGAGGAGGAAGAAGAAGGGCAUGGGGAAAAACUGAUGCUUAGUAUGAGGGAGCUUAGGACACUGCGGCAAAGUCUUGUUAAAAAUGCAACGAUACGACAAAGUAUGGCCAGAGACAACAGUUAUAACACAGAUGACUAUGUCCCAGAGUCGCCAAUCCCAGAAGUGGAAGAAGACGUUCCCACAGACGAGAGUGAGAAUUUCGAGGAAAGUCCACGCAGAAACAUCAACCUUAAACAACCCAAUGACACAAUUGUCCUGGAGUUUGGGGGAGGACCUCCUCCCAGCAAAAAGGUGGAGCGAAACCUGAGUGCUGCCCGACGUCGAGACUUGGACAAUGGGGAGUACAGUUCAAGACCGGGAUCAGGAAGGAGUAAACCUGGCUAUGAGACUAAACCAGCUAACAGGCCACACUCAACUAAAACACUGGUUGCAGACAACAAAAAGUCAUCACGCCCCCUGUCAGCCAACCGUCGAACCCCAGUCACCAAUAGCACAGAUCCGGACGGUGAGGCCUCCGCUGUCAUGGCUGCUCUUAGGGCAGAGAAUGAAAAGGCUUCAAAGCUUAAACAGACACCAAAACAGAAGCCCAGUCCAAGGCCAGCGAAAAACAACAGCUCAAGGCCCAUAGUGGACCGGUCAGAGCCACCACCCCGUGCACCACGGAGGUCUGAGAGCCCACGGGCGAGUGUAGGCUCCAGUGCCACUGAUCCACUAGUUCCUAUGGACAAGAUUGGACAGAUCAUGGAGAGGGUCCUCAGGAUGAGUCCAACACACCAGAGGCGACUGGUGAACAUGUUGGGUAAGCUGGAGAAGACUGUGGUAGCUGACAGUCAAGACAAACCUGCACUCAAAUCCCGCAAUAAACAGCCCUCCAUGGAUGGCCCACUGCGGGCGGUCCAUUCCUCCAGCAACAAGUCCUCCUUCAUGUCCGGCUGUUCUGUGGCCAGUGAUGAGAACACUUUACCCGUUCACAUUGAGGUGAAAUCUAACUGGGGCCAUGCUAUGAGGCUGGGUCUCACAGAGAUCCAGGUGUAUGACCAGCAUGGAAACCUUGUGCAUGUCUCGGGGGACGACGUCAGUGUGCAUGGGGCAGAGGAGUGCCGGGGAACAGUCGAUGUCCUCUUCAACGGAAAAUUUAAGAGCAACAAGGAGCGCAACAUGUGGAGUUGUCGUUACCAUGCCCGCAGGCCUGUGGAGUUCAUCAUGAAUGUGCGAAAUCCCAGGCCUGGGGAGAGAUUCAAUAUCUCACAAAUCAAGAUAUGGAACUUCAAUACAAGCAUCAAGGAGCUGGACAUUGGAAUCAAGGAUGUGCGAGUAUUUGUUGGAAGCGAUCUUGUCUAUUGUGGAGCCGUGGAGAAAGGCUGUGGGAACCAGGUGUUCGACUAUGGCCACGUGAUUGCCAUCCCGGACAACACAUGUGACUCUAACCCGCAGGUGCCUGUGGAGAAACCAGACUCUCCAGAAGUACCGGUCAAUGCAGGGAAAAGGCCGGUCAAGUCUGCAGAAAAACCUGCGAGAUCCCCAGACGUCCCAGUAAAAUCUGUAAGAAAUGAGUCUGUUAAAACUCCAAAGAAAAUUGAAAAUCAUACUACUCCUGUACGGACAAGUGCUGAUAAAAGACAAAAGAGACGUGAAGCGAAUGAGCUUAAAUCUAAACAAAACGUGCAAGCAUCUCAGAGUAGAGACAGUGUUGUGCAGAGUUCUUCAAGUAAAGAGUCCUUAGUGCAGAUCUCAAAGAGCAGAGACAGUGUUGAAUCAUCAAUCAGUAAAAGUCAACGUCGACCACCCCUGUCACCGAGAGGUGAAAGGUCACCAUCACCAGCUCCUAGGUUCCCCGCUGCUAAGUCACCUCGUGAGGUUACAUCAGUAAACCACAGGACAAUAUCCCCACGGCGCAGCCAGGAUCGAAAAAAGACAUUCCGUAGUAUCAGUAUGUCCUCCCAGUCUUCAGCGGAAUCUGGCGGAGAGUCCCAGCCAAAUUCGAGGCCAGCAUCAGGGGUCAUGACACCCACAGAACGGCAGGUGCGCAGUGAAACCAGGACCAUUUAUCACUCAGAUAGUGAAACUGAGGACAGCUCAAAUGGACCGAUCAAGAGCAGUCAGCCUCCAGGGAAAAUGCGUGGCACGAAGACCCCGAGGAAGUCAAAGCGUAUGGGAGCGAGGCUAGGUGGGCACAGCUCUGCUGAGGUGGACAGCUCCAGAUCUGUAUCAGACAGUGUGGAGUCCCGACCUCCCAUCCCCCAUAGGAAAUCAGAGGAGAAAAAUUCCCGAAAGUCCAUGGUGGAGAAAGCACUGGAGAGACCUGCUGCCCCAGCAAUCUCUGUGGCGACAGAGCCAGUUGUCAUGGAUACAGGCAAGCGGGAGUCAGAGGGAGAACUUGAUGACACCUUAAAAGCAGGCAGCACAACAAUAUCGAGCUCAGUGUCGGUGGCCUCCAGUCAGGAUGACAUGCCCAUGCUCCAGAAACUCAAGGACAUGAACAAGAAGGAGCAGACAUCAUCUCGUAAAAAAGACGUUCCAAGAUGGCUGAAGCAAGAGGAUAUUGCAAAGUCCUUUGAGAGCCCAACAGAGAGUGUUGAGAUGAGAGCCAAGAAGCCUGCAGAAGUGAGAACCCAGAGGCCUGGGCCCCCACCCACCCAGAAGGAAAUCAACAUGCUCAUUGACGAGGAGAUGUCCCAGUUCCCGGAAAACAAGAAAGGUGCUGUACAACCAGAGCCAGCAGGAGACAAACCAGAUGGGAGUACAACCCCAAUGCAGCGUAUAGAGAAGAACCGCUCCAAGUGGCGCGAGGGGCCAGGCCUGAACCUAGAAGAGUCCUGGGGCUCGCUCUCACAGUUCAACAAGUGUCAACGGGGACGCCUCUCACUAGACAUGGAUGACGAUGUUCUGGAUGAGUACAUCAACAAGGCUGCCAAGCUAGCGGGGCUGCCCUCAGAACCGGCCAUUCCGGAGGAGGCUUCCCAAACACCAUUAACACAGAUGGUGGUGGACUCUGAUGAUGAGGACUUUGUGAUUCCUGAGUUACCGUAUGGGCGUGAGUUGGUGAUCAACAUUCGCUCCACGUGGGGGGACAAGCACUAUGUCGGAUUCACUGGCAUUGAAGUGUUCUCAGCCACAGGAGAACAGGCUAAUAUUAUCAAGGUAUUCGCGGACCCGAGUGACAUUAAUAUGUUGCCAGAGUAUAACAAGGACCCGCGCGUGGUUGGGAACCUUAUAGACGGGACAAACCGUACGCGUGACGACAUCCACAUGUGGCUUGCGCCCUUCACACAGGGCCAGGAUCACUGGGUCUACUGUACACUGGACAAACCAUGCAAGAUUGCCCUUAUACGCAUAUGGAAUUACAACAAAUCAAGAAUCCACUCUUACCGAGGUGUCAAAGAUGUGAUAAUGGCACUUGACUCAACUGUGAUAUUCCGGGGGGAGAUUGCGAGGGCAUGUGGAGGGAUUGAGGGGGGAACGGAGGCAUUCGGAGAUACGAUACUGUUCACAACUGACGAGAGUAUCCUUGAUUUGGUCUCACAACAUGAUGCGGCUUACGAGGGUGAGAUGCUGGAUGAUGACGAACCAUUUGAUGUCGAGAGACCUUCAACUGCUGAUGCUGGCGAUGAGAAGGGUCGACCAUUGACACGGGCAGUUGGGAACAUCAAACAGAUGGAGAGAGAGCUCACCGUGUUUGAGUAUGAGGGCAACAUGAUGGCAUAUAGGGGGCACAGUAUAGAGCUGAACUUCACAGCGACGUGGGGUGACAUGCACUAUGUGGGCCUCACAGGGGUUGAAGUGGUGGGGAAGGAUGGAGAGGCUUUGCCUAUUACCAUGGAGAUGCUUACUGCCAAUCCGCCUGACCUGCACCACCUCCCAGGACACGAGCUGGAUGACCGGACUCUUGACAAGGUGAUAGAUGGUACAAAUGUUACAACAUCUGACGAGCACAUGUGGCUGGUGCCGUUUGUGGAAGGGGAGAACCAUACACUGACCAUAGACUUUGACCAGAAGGUGCUGGUGGCUGGAUUAAGGGUGUGGAACUACAACAAGAGCAAGGAGGAUACUUACAGGGGGGUUCGUAUUGUCCAUGUGGCUAUAGAUGGGAAGCCGGUCUCACCCCCUGAGGGUUUCCUGGUGAGGAAGGGCCCAGGCAACUGCCACUUUGACUUUGCCCAGGAGCUUUCCUUCUCACCCCAAUCUUGGAACACUGGUGGCAUGCUGUCCGCUCUUGGCCCCAGUCCCAGCAAUGCCGAUGAUGACUAUGAAGUUGUACAGAUGCCUUGUGGGUUCAUCUACCAGCUUCAGUUGUUCAGUACAUGGGGAGAUGCCUACUAUGUAGGUCUCAAUGGCAUAGAGCUGUAUGAUGGAUCACUGAAGAUGAUCAACCUCACAGAAAACAACAUCUCAGCGUUCCCGGGCAGUGUGAACAUGUUGGAGAAGAUGCAGAAUGAUGUACGCACCCCGGAGAAACUCAUUGACGGGGUGAACGACACCACCGAUGGCGGGCACAUGUGGCUGGCUCCCAUACUGCCCAACAUUUUAAACAGAGUGUAUGUUAUAUUUGACCAACCUACUACUAUAUCCAUGAUCAAGAUUUGGAACUACAGCAAAACUGCGUCCAGAGGUGCUAAAGACUUUGCUUUACUUGUAGAUGACUUACUGGUGUACAACGGGACUCUACAGGGGGUGCCCACAGGUGCCAGGGGUAUCCUACCCACCUGUGACGCCCCCCAGCCCUACCACACCAUCCUCUUUACCAACAACAAGGACAUCCUCCGUAAGGAGAAACACACAGUCAUCAAUCAACAGACAGAUGAGCAGGAUGUUCAGAUGACAAACGAGAAGAAGAUUGUCAGCCACUACACUGACCCAAAGAAGGCCCAGUCAGGAAAACCUGUUGACCAGAAAAUGCGUCCCAAAACCAGCGUGAUUCACUCCAAGAAAAGAUGAUGAAUGUUUGUUUGUAGAGAGCAACCAGUCUCCUUUCACUGAGACUUUGAAAUGAUUACUGUUGCCAAAUGUUCUGGCUGAAUUUAAUUUAAGUGUCAUAAAUGAUUUGUGAAGUAUUAAUUUCUGCAUUUGACUAUAGCCUCACUGAGAAAAACUACUGUGUAGUCAUUCUCCCUGCUUGAUUCAUCAACGCUUUUGGGCUUUGUUUCUGAGAAAAUGCAUGAUUUUGCCAACAAACAUUGUGUACCAUUCAAUCCUGUAUGAUUUGAAAACUAAAUGAACUCUGUGUACAUGCAGGAAACUACAUUUGUUGUUGUGAUAGUCACAACACAGUACAUAUAUAAUUAUAUACUUUGUUAGUAAUAAUUGUUACCUUUAUUAUUGGUUAUGUAAUAUAAUGCCUUGUCCACAAGUGCUCCAAUGUGCUGCCACGUGCUGCAUCUGUUGCCACGUGCUGCCAUAUAACAUAUCAUUCCAUAUCUCCGUCCAUUUUCACAGCUCUUUCAGAAAACAGAACUUUGUUUGAAAUAGCAUAGCUCUAUUAUAGUUUUUGUGUCCAAUGCUCAUAUUUAUUAUACGGAUGUAAAUGUACAGUGCUUACAGAAUAUUCUGGCAGCCUUUUUAUUAAAAGCGUUAUGUAUAUCUGAUUUGAAAAUGUAUGUAUUAACUAUUAAGCUAGUUUUGUCUUGUACAUAAGGUGUCUCAGUUUUUUUGUUAUUUAUAUUUAUUCUUUAUGCUUAUGUGUAUAGUAGAUUGUUACGUACAUAAUUAUAAUUAAUAACUUUAUAAGCCUCCAUUCUUGGGGUGUAAAAUCAAAAAAAUAAAAUGUUGAAAACAUU